GUCAACUUCCCAACAACACACCAUGGACAAAUUAUCUUCUGUUAUCGCUGCUCUCGACGCAGGCAAGCUCCCCACCCAGGAGCAGGCGGAUACCGCAAUCGAUUGGACACUCCAGAAUAUCAUUGCGAGCGUCGAAUCUCCUGAUGCGGGAAAGAUCAGCGAGUCGGGAGAAGUUCUUGCACGCGGUAUACAAGACCUCCUCAUUGCAUACAAGAAGCUUGGGGACAACAAAAAUCAUGACAACCUUUUGCAACAAGUCCUUUGGCACCUCUCUGAGGGAGAUUUCGCAGACAUGCGUGUAGAAGGAAUUGAUACAGAUAAAGCGUCCGCCGAUCUCCAAUCCAUCCGCUCCACCAUUCGUGCUCUUCUGCACAUUCUUUGGACCAACGUCAGUGAUGAAGCAACUGUCCUCCUGAAUGACUUUGCGUCUUUUGCACGUCUGGCAAUGGCUGACCUCGCAGGGGACAUUGAAACCGGAGCCGUUUACACUAAGGAAAGUCUACGCGAGCUCGACACAGGAGUGCGGCAAGGUGAGCGGGACAACCUGGGGCGCAAGCGAAAGACCCCUGAAGAAAUCGAACGGGAGCGUGAGCAAGACACAAAAGCGAAAUUUGAGAACACCAUGGAUGCUGCGAAAGAGACGGGAUCUAAGGCUAUAGGCGUCGGGCAAGAGGUGAAGGCAUCCGCUGAAGAAGCGGCUGAGCGUACACGUAUUCGCCUGCAGCAGACUUAUUAUAAUAUCUGUGAACGUGCGCAGAAGGAUGAGAACUACCAUCACGCCAUCUCCACACUUUUCAACAUCGUAUCGAAGUGGAUUAACAAGUCUCUUGAUACUGCCACUGAUAUCAACGAGUCCACAUCGCUCGAGUCCUUCAUUGACGAUCCAUCGAAAGAGAAGCAUGUCCUCAAAGCCCUUUAUGGUAUCCGUACGCUCGUCGAGCGUGUCGCAGGUGGCAAGUCUUUGGAUGACGUCUUCGCCAAGGCCCGUCUGUGCGCCGUACACGUCAGGAACGACAAAGACCUGAAGAGCUGGUUCAAUGAUUUCUUCGCUCAUGUCCGGAAGAGCCUCGACGAGCCUACCUAUGCACGAUCAGAAGAAGCUCAUCACAUGCUCCACCAGCUCGCAGAGCGCUGGAAGCAGCUUCUUGAUCAAGACUCAAAUGCAGGGCGUAAGUGGAAAGAGGAUGUACGGGCUCUCAGGCACGAGCUUCGUGAUUUCCAACAGGCGAUCGCAAGGGAUGCAGACUUGCAGCGCGUGCGGAAGGCACAUGCUAUGUUCGGUAAAGAUUUGGCGCAGAGCGUUGGCACGGGCGGACGCAUUGGUAUGCAGUUUGCCCUCGAUCAAGCCUCAUGGUUCUGGCAGGAUGUCUUCAACGUUUAUGCGCCACGCCUCUUGAGCGUCAUCAAGGACAUUCCGACUCCAAGAACCGAGUAUGUUGAUAAUGAGAUCGAAUUUGUCCUCGAGAAUUUCGACAUCUCGUCGUUGAGCUUGCUUCCUGGGCACGUCUACAUCCGCAAUAUCACUGACGUCGACAUCACCGCUCCCGCCGGAUCGCAGUCAACCACCACUGCCGUUGGCACACUCACGCACAUUCGGAUGCAAGCAGUCCAGCUCGCGCUCAAGGAGGUAUCAUUUUUCUAUAGGGACAAGGUUGCUAUUGUCGGGCCCAAGGACUUCACAGGUCUCAUAGAGUUCAAUCUGCCACCAAAGGGUAUCGAUAUCGAUCUCAAGUUCUGCUUGAUCCCAAACACGCCCCAAGGUCUUAAGGAGCGCGAGCGUCUUGGACGGUUCUUCAAGAUCGAGCGCAUCGAGGUGAAUGUGGCGGAAGAUAUCAACAUGCAAGUCAAGCAGUCCAACCACCCCAUCCUUGCAUCCGUCUUCAGGCCUGUCAUCAUGCUUCGCUUCCGCGAAGCGAUUUCACGCACCCUGGAGGAGCAGAUCCGGGGGCUGUUCGAUACUACCGACGCUUUGGCGUUUGAUAUUGGGCGACGUUCAGAGGUGUUCAAGGAUGCUGGGCUUGGGACUACCUCGUCUGUCGUUGCUGCAAUGUGGAGCGAGAUAGGGAAGCUCCGGCGGAUGGAAGGUGGUUUGCUGUCUGGCUGGAGAGCAACUGGAACAGGAGUCAUCAAGGAUGAUUUGGGCGGCAACGCAAAGAUUGCGAUGGGCGCGGAACCACAAAUUCUUUCGGGGGAGAAGAGAGGUCCUUUAGGAACUCAUGCGGAGCCGCUUGCAGAAAGGAUCCCGGGUGUGGAUGUUGGAGGCGCCUUGGAAGGUGCUACGACUACCGUCGAACGAGUAGAGCAAGCCGGGAAGGAAGGUCUAAAGCAGGUGCAGAGUUUCAAGCAAAGCGUUGAUCAUAAGAAGAGGGAGGAGGAGAAGCGGAGGGGAUGGCAGAGCCCAGCAUUCGAUAUUUAAUCAUCGAUGACUCAUUUUCUCGGUCUUUAUCGCGAUGUUUACAAGCACAUGAAUAAACGGACAGUUGUGCAAUAAGCCGAGAUGAUCGACUAUUCCCGCUUCCUCUUAAGGUUACUACGCGCGUUUGUACCUUGUAUGGCACACAAAGGUCCCUUCUCGAGUGUCUUGUGUU